AUGCCCGUCGUGGCGUUAGAUUACGGCGAACUUAACUCCCUCUCCAUCGACGCUGGUUCGGAUGAUGCACCCGGAGACGAAGUGGCGGAAGUGAAGCUCAGCGAUGCGGACGGAGGAGAAUUUUCCGGCGCGCAGUGGCGGAGGAUUGCGUACGGCUCGGUCGUCCCCUUCGCGCUUCUUCAGAGCCGAAAUAGUUCAAUUGAUUCGAUGCAGUACAAGAAAGACUGGUCGGAACAUGUGAUGGAGUACAACAAGGAAAUAAAUGAUCUUCUCGAUAAUUCAAAGCCAUCUGUUUCUUCAAUGUUUGAAGACCCCAAAACAAUAUUGAAGAAAGCUGAGGAGCCAACGUCUGUUAAAGCUGCCUGGGAGCUGAUGGAAAUGUUCUAUGCAGACAAGAAAUCUCAGACUUGGAUCCCUGAACGCCUUCUUCAUUUAGCUAAUUUUGAUUGCCUGUUCUCGAAAAGUCAGUCAACUGUCCAUGAGGAACUUAUGGCUUUCCAAGAAGAGCUUGUCACUGUCCAGGCAGUUGAGAAUGAUUCAGAUUACUGGGAAGUUCUUUUAUCUGCCUUAGCAGUAGGCUGGCUUGAUGUUGUUGUAAAACUGUUGUGCUUGCAUGGAUCUUAUUUAUUCGAUCAGCUGGGAACUCGUGAGAGUCCUCUCCAAAGUAACGUAUCACUGGCUAGAACUUUACGUGUCCCACUCUUUGUACAUCAGGCCCUUCACAGUGGGACUAGAAAGCAUGUAUGGCCUAGUCAGAAGUGCAUGCAUUUAAAACCUACUCGGCACAAGUUGAUGGGUUUAUUAGUCGUGAUUCUAGAAGAAAACACAGAGGUUGUUUUAGCCGAAUGCUCAAGAUCAUUCGGUCCCUGGAUGAUAACUCAUGCUAUAGAGCUGUUGACAGCUGGAAGUGCUCAAGAAGAAAUACUUUUGCAUGAAAAACGCUCCAAAAUUGGUGGAAUCUGCAUGGAAGAACUUCACCGGUUGAUUUAUGCUCAGAUUCUGUCAUCUCAUGCCUUCACAUGGAAUAUUGCUCCAAUAUAUUUGACAUCGUGUAUGAAGCAAGGACUGCACUUGCUCGAAAAUUUAUUGUACAAGCAGCCUGUGCAAUAUUAUCAAAGCAUAGAGAUCUCCCGUCUCAAUGGACUCGAUUAUCUUAGUUCGAAUAUGAUGAAGAUUGCUGGUGUUCAUUACUGGAAACAUGGCAAAAAAGGUUUAGCCGUUUUCUGGCUUAAGCAAGCUCGGGAUGAAGUCCGCUUAAACAGAAUCGCCAAACAGCUGUAUGAUUUUGUUGGAAAAUCGGUAUCCGAUGAAAGUUUCAAGCUAUGGGAAGAGAUGAUCGAACUAUUAGGGAAUGAACCGGGAACUGCUGGUGGCCUCGAGUUCUUGAAAAAGUACAAGGAUUUCAGGCAAUCCCUUCAGCAAGUUCAGGAAGGAAUCACAACGAUGAUACCUUAA